AUGAUAACCCCCGCUUCCUCCACCCGCACAACAACCCUCCUCAACAACCUCUCCGCCGUGACCUCCCGCAUCUCUGCCGCUGCCGCGUCAACAUCCACAUCAUCCGCAUCCACCACACCACCAACAAAGACAACAAACCAACCCCGCCUCAUCGCCGUCUCCAAACUCAAACCUGCUUCGGACAUCCUAGCCCUCCACUCCCCUCCAACCUCCCACCUCCACUUCGGCGAAAACUACCUCCAAGAACUCCUCGAAAAGUCCCGUCUCUUGCCACCGACUAUUCGAUGGCAUUUUAUCGGCGGAUUGCAGUCGAAUAAAUGUGUGCUGUUGGCGAGGGAGGUGAGAGGGCUAUGGGCGGUUGAGAGUGUGGAUUCGGAGAAGAAGGCUUCGUUGUUGGAUAAGGGGUGGGGAGAGAGAAAAUAUGUAGGUGAGGAUGAGGAGAAGAAGGAGAGGAAAUUGAGGGUGUUUGUGCAGGUGAAUACGUCCGGGGAGGAGAAUAAGGCGGGUAUUGAGCCGGAUGCUGCGCCGGGACUGUGUCGGUUUAUCAAGGAUAAGUGUUCGCGGUUGCAGUUGCAGGGUGUUAUGACUAUUGGGGCGAUUGCGCGGUCCAAGGCUACAACGCCGGAGAAUGAGAAUGAGGAUUUUAUCUGUCUGCGCGAGACGAGGGAUAAUAUUGUCAAGGAGUUGGGGUUGGAAGAGCUGGAGUUGAGUAUAGGUAUGAGUGAGGACUUUGAGGGGGCUAUUGCGCUGGGUAGUGAUGAGGUUCGUGUUGGAACGACUAUCUUUGGGGAUAGGCCGCCCAAGUCUGAGGCUAGGGUUGUUUGA